CUGAAAUUGAAUUUGCGGGCGGCUGCUCCUCAGCAGCGUUGUUUGCGACUGCGGCGUAGCGGUCGUGGAAGGCAUGGCUGCUCAGGAUGAGCUAGAUGAUUCUCUAAAUGCUAUGAUGAAAGAUCUACAGAAGCCACUUUCUUCUACAUACACAUCUGCUAUUCAGCAGAUGCUGGAUCAAAAUACGCAAGAACUGGAGAAAAGCAUCCAUAUUAUUCAGGAAAACAUGAAUGAAGUCUCGGACAAGCUGGGAUCUUUCGAGGAUGUCCGAGACAUGCAGACAUACCACAACAAGCUUCAGGAAAUAAUGAAGGCGAAGGAAAAGGACGUCGAACUGCAGACCGAGAACCUCAGGAUGGUGUCAGAAGUGAAAGCUCAGAAGGCCAAGCUGAAAAGUGACUUGAAUAAUUUAGAGCUCCAGACUGAUACAAAAGUGAAGCCUCAGCACAAGCAGUUGGAAAAAGAAAAGGCCACCUUCUCGGCGUACGUCAAGCUGUGUGGUCACGUGCGGCUCGACUCGCAGCACACCGGUCCUGAUGUGCGCGGCACUGUCUCUCUCGAACCAAGUGCUGACGUCACGUUCAGUUUGGACCCCGCUACGCUCUCUGCUGUGCAGCUCACCAAUCGCCUGUGGCAAAUCGCCGCCGAACACGUGGCGCCGGCCAAGCAGUGUGCCAGCCAGCCAGAGCUGGCCAAUCAGGGCGCCGAGCCGCUCGAGGCGACCAACCAGAGCGUCGAGCGUGCGAAGACGCCGGAGGCGACCGACCGGAGCGUCGAGCGUGCGAAGAUGCCGGAGGCGACCAAUCAGGAUGGCGAGCGUUCUAUGGCAUUGGAGGCGGGCAAACAGAGCGUCACGCAACCUAGCAAGAUAUUUGAAGAGUAUAGACCGACGGCCAAACGAACGGCGGCGCUGGGCACAGACAGCGAAAUGGCGGACCCCGAAGACGAUGACAGCGCGAAGGAAAACAUUCCUGCAAACUGUGUGGAGGCCUAAAAGUUUAUGCCUGGGGUCUAGUACACAAACGGGAAGUGCUGUCAUGUGUCAUGCAGUCAUCAUACUUAUGAUAUCUUUCGUGCUCAUGCUUCAUUGAAAAUCCCUGAGGUUUUCUUUAUUAACAUUGCCCCAUGCAUCACAUUUGCUUUAUAUAACCAAUUUUUGCGGCCCAGAGUUGUUCGUUUUAGUGAGUCGAUAUUUCAGAGAAGAAUUGAUAGUAUGAAUGUGUACAUACUGCAUGCGGCUGCAGCAUAACUGGUGCUUCAUGGCGCACGUCCUUUGGCCCCAAAAGCACCUUCUCGCCAGAGUUUGUAGGUUAGACCUUUGCUUUGUGACAUCAGCGGUGUGGGAUUCAUUUAAACACUUGUACCAAUUUCCGCCUGGACCUUUGGCGUCAGUUGUUAUUUGUCAAUCAUGUUGCUUCUGGACAUUCGGAAAAGAAACACGUUUACCUUAGCCGGUGGUUCAACAUUUCGCGAUUUGUCCUUGCAAAUAACCUUUCAUUCAGCUGAACCCUUUGUCCAAUCUUGUGAUUUGUAAUCUUGCGACAGAGAGGUGUGAUAUCACACUACACCAUUCGUUAUUUGGUGCGAUUCCUUGCCUGACGAGCAGGGCGAAUUUCCCAAACGAAUUUUGAAACGUGAAUUUUCCAAGUCACUCACAUUGAAAUUAGAGAUUCAUUGGACGUGAAAUGAAGCCCUCUGUGCUGCAGCGUCCCCUUGCAGCACCUGGUGCGCGAGGAAUGAGCACAUCGUGCGUGUGCCCGCCCUGAUAGUAAUGUUGUUCCCCGACUGCUGCAUCAACUAUGUUUUUGAACAACGUGCGCAUUUCUUGGUAUGAUGUGACCGUGCGAUGGAUGGCAGCGAUAGGCUAGCACGUCGCUUGACUUGUACAGAGGGCACCGCUUCAAACGUCUGUUAAUAGGUUUUCAGUUAGCGUAACAAGCACGGGCUGUCUAUUGAGGCGGGGUUCGUAUUCAGUGCGCCCACCAUGUGGCUUGUACUGUCAGUUAAAACCUGUGAACCGCUUUGUACGUAUCUAAAAAGUUUGUAGUGCUCACGGAAGUCUGUCUGCUGUUACACACUGUGCAUGUCUCAAUAGACGCGUUGAGAUGGAA